ACAGACUAAUCGUAGUUUCUUCUGUUGAGCAAGAUCGUAGUGACAUUAUACCAAAUGGUUAUUCGACAACUUACCCCUGACGUAACUUGUGUAAAGGGUAUUUAAAAUUUUAACUUCACUUCAGAUUUUAGAAGGGGUGUUAAUGAAACAGGAAGUGUUUAUCUAAGUUUUUCCCAAAAUGUUGUGGUUUCCGAAGAACAAGAGAACUUGGUUGGAGACUUUUUUCAUUAACUUGUUAAAAGCUGGUCCAGUUCCUAAACAUGUGGCACUGAUCAUGGAUGGAAAUCGGCGAUACGCUUCAAAACAGGGGUUGGAGAAAACAGAGGGACAUGCCUGUGGAUUUAAUAAACUUGCUGAGACUUUAGGUUGGUGCUUAGACCUGGGAAUUGUAGAAGUCACUUUAUAUGCAUUCAGCAUCGAGAACUUCAAGCGGUCGGAACAAGAGGUUAAUGGACUGAUGGAGUUGGCUAGAGAGAAGUUCCGUAAGCUUUUAGAAGAGAAAGACAAGAUUGAUGAGUACGGAGUUUGUAUACGAGUUUUUGGAAACCUAUCACUUCUACCGAAAGACAUCCAGCAAAUUUUGGCGAAAGUUGUGCUAUACUCUCAAAAGAAUAACAGGUUACACUUGAACCUGUGUAUGGCAUAUACGGCUCGGCAAGAAAUAUGUACCGCGAUCCAAGCUUUGGCGGAGGGUGUGAAAGAUGAAUUACUAAUACCAAGUGACAUUACAGAGAAGCUUAUGGAACGAUGCUUAUUUACCAGACAUUCCACCGAUCCAGAUUUGCUUAUAAGAACAUCGGGAGAGGUGCGGCUUAGUGACUUUUUGCUUUGGCAGAGUGAGCUAUCAGUGUUGGCUUUCCUUCAAGUCCUGUGGCCAGAAUUUUCCAUUUGGCAUUUUUUUACUGCAGUUUUAUACUAUCAACAUAACUACGAUGCAAUUCAGAAAGCGAAAAAAUAUGCUGCUGAAGUAAAAAAUGAAGAGGAAAUUGAGCAGUUCUUGUUGAUGGUGGCGGGAGAAACUAGUAGCAGCUGUCCAGUUCAACGUCAGUCAACAGAAGUACCCCAAAAAGACAACCAACUCUUAUGGGAAGAGCGAGAAGAACGAAUAAAAAACUUCCUAGAGAGACUAGAAUCCAAACAUUUAGAGUGCUUAGAGCAUAUGAGAAGUGGACUCUGUAAACAAAUACCAUUUAGCACCUUCAAUAUGGUGUAAAAAAAUUAAAAUAAAAAAAUAUAUCUUGUUGUUAAGCCUUUACAUUAAAAACAAGUUUGAAUGUGGGC